GGCGGCCAGGUGCGCGCUACAUAGGUAGAGGUAGGUAUGGAACGGAAUGCGCUGAGCGAGAGCCAGGAAGAGGCUGACUGACGACAGCCAAAGCGUCAGUGCGGGCAGUCGUCACUUGUUCCCGCUCGCUGGAGCUCCUCCAACGACACGGGCAACUCUCCACCACAACCUGGAAGCACACUGCAUCACCACCAUCACGAGUUGUCGCCUGCUACAGCAACGAAUCGACGAAGCGCGCAAGCCGAGUAACCCACGCGAUAGUUUGUCAGGUUCUCGAUCACAAAAAACAGCAGGCAGCGCUUACACUACAUUUCCAUCGAUUACCAGUUAGCCACGUCUGCGCAACAAACACCUUUGAUCCCGGCAGGCCCGCGACACUCCGACUCUACCUGGGCAGAUUCUCCGGGUUACCGGCGUAAACGACGCCCUGAUUUCAACUGUGCCCAAAACUUGAACGCCUUCGCAACCAGAAGCUUUCACAUAUCCACCCGAGAUGGCAGCAGGACUCAAGACCAUCAUCGCGCUCUCCUUCGUCUUGGCGGUGGGCUUCCUCCUCGUCAUCUUGUCAUGCGCACUAUGGAAGGCAUACUACCCGCUGCUGGUGGUGGCCACCUACGUGUUGGCGCCCAUACCCAACUGGAUCUGCAGCCAUUGCGCCAAUCCGGACGACUUUGUUGAGAGCUCGGGCGCUGCGGUGUUGGAUCUGGGUCGCUUCUGCACUGGUUUCCUGGUCAUGAUGGGACUUGCUCUUCCAGUUGUUCUCGCAAACUCGGCCAUCAUCACGGUCCCGGCCAUGAUCAUGUCCGUUAUCGGUGGCCUGUUGAUCUAUGGCACCAUUAUCAGCUUCGCCAUGUUCUUCCAGGAAGAGCAAGACUUCUGACUAGCCGACCAAUAAUUUCGACUACGACAGAAUGGUCCAGAGUCUGAGACACACACAACAAUGACACAGAACUACAAAGAGGUAGCGACUUCCGAACAACGGUUGGGUGCGGAACCGAUUUACGCAUGGUGGGAGACCAUGAUUGUACAAGUGCCGGGACUUGAGCCGGAUGACAGCUAUGGGAUAUGAUCAAAUGGGUUUCGGGAAAGAGGCGGGCACUGGCUGAUGAAGCGCUUAUGGGCUGGGCUGGAUUUGGAUUAUUACGAGACAGUUAUGGGGUUAUUUUAUGCCGUGAUCAAUCAUCUAGCGAGAGGGCUUGACGUCUUCUUUCUCUCCACUUGCAAUGCUUCGCGUUGAAAAGUCUACUUUCUAAUCCCGCCGUAAGGUAUGCAUCCGUUGAGCUAAUAUAACAGCCACAAAACUCCAACCCAUUUUAACCUUGACACCAAGACGACACCCUAGAUAUGUUGGAUAUCGUGUUCUUCUAACCCUAACGCACGCUUGGGCCCAAAAUGAUGAAGUUAUCUUGCUUUUGUUUCACGUCUUCCCUUUCUUCCACAGCCUCUGGCCGCAGACCAGCUCUGCUCGCCAUAGAACCCCCCCUCACCCUCUGUCUCUCACCAAUUCAUCGAGUCUAACCCAGCUCCGCAAACACCUUCAACGGCCCAGCGAGUUUCGUAAACAUUUCCUCCCGCUCACCCUCAGGGGUACUCAGAAUGGUAACCGCUCCUCCAGCGCCAAUAUGCCACACCUCAUGUUCUUCCUCACUCUGGCCAUCUUCUCCUUGUCCCUGCACAGUUACCCGCUCAUCGUCCCACCGGAACAGACUUCGGAUCGUCACGCUCCAAUCUCCUCUGCCGCUGACACACAUGUAGCCAACAACACCCGAGUACAAACUGCGCUCACUGUUCUGCUCAAUUUGCUGCAACAGCUCGCAGCUGCGUUUCUUGGGGGCUCCCGUCAUGCUUCCCGGCGGCAGACUAGCCGCGAGGACGUCCAGUCCCGUGUAUCUCUUCUCGUCAUCAGAGGGUGGGGGUAGCUGCCCUUCAACAACAGUAAUCAUCUGAAACACACUCUGAUACUCCUCCACCUUGAGCAGAUCGCUCACCUCAACGUUACCCGCCCCGCAAAUCGAAUGCAAGUCGUGCCGGACCAAGUCGACAAUCAUCAGGUUCUCGGCUUCCUCCUUGGGCACGUGCAGAAUCUUCUCUGCCUGCUCGAGCGUCGAGACCGCUUCCGACUUGCGCACUGUUCCCUUCAUCGGCCGCAUUGAGCACCGCCCGUGCCGGUUGUACGUCAAGAACCGCUCGGGCGAGGCGCUGACGAGCG